AUGUGGAAAGCUGAGUUCGAUUCAUUCCGGUGCUGUGUUGAACUAGAGAGAGAAAGAUUCUCGACUCCCCAGCUCGGGCCCUCCUUCCUUUUCGAGAUCUUCUUCAGGUUGUUCUCUUUACACAGAAGAGCCAACAGAAAAGUACAAGUAGCAUACGAAGCAACAGCGCCAGCCAAAGAAGAAGAAGAAGGAACAGCAAGAAGGAGAAGAAAAAGGGAAGAAGGAAAGAAGCAGCAGCAGAAGAAGAAGAAGAAGAAGAAGAAGAAGAAGAAGAAGAAGAAGAAGCAGCUGAAAGGAAUAAGUGGAAGAAAAAAAGGAAUAAGAGAGCAAAGCAGAAGAAGGGAAGGAAGAAAAAAAGGGGUGAGGACAAAGGAAGAGCUGGCGAACAGGUGGUGGGGAGGGAGCGUGGGGCUCGGGGGAGUGGAUCCGGUGUCGGCACCGGCGCUCGCCCCACCGAGCCUCCACCUCCACAACUCAGAAGAAGAGCCGGCGGGUCUUGGACGGCUCGGAGCUCCGGCGAAGCGCGAGCAUGACCCCUCAGGCAGCGCCGCGGUCAACAACGGCGCCGGGCACGAUGAUGAGGACAACGAAGGCCGCGCUGGCGAAGGGGACCACGAGCACGACGAACACGCUACCGGCACCGAGAUCGUCGAGGCCGGGGGCCGACGUCCCCGCGGCCGGCCCCCGGGCUCGAAGAACAAGCCAAAGCCGCCGAUCAUAAUCACACGCGAGAGCCCCAACGCCCUCCGGAGCCACAUCCUCGAGAUCGCAAGCGGCAGCGACGUCGUGGAGAGCGUCGCCAACUUUGCCCGGCGCCGCCAGCGAGGGGUCUGUCUCCUCAGCGGCAGCGGCGUCGUCGCCAACGUCACUCUUCGCCAGCCGGCAGCCCCCGGCGCUGUCGUCACCCUCCCCGGCCGCUUCGAGAUCCUCUCCCUCUCUGGUGCCUUCCUCCCCGCUCCUUCUCCACCCGGCGCUACCGGCCUCACGAUCUACCUCGCAGGCGGCCAGGGCCAGGUCGUGGGCGGCAGCGUCGUUGGCGCCCUCAUCGCCUCCGGCCCGGUCAUGGUGAUUGCCGCGACCUUCAGCAACGCUACCUAUGAGAGAUUGCCACUAGACGAGGAGGCCGAGAACCUCGCAAUGCAGCAGCAGCAAUCGUCCUCCGGCGGCGGAGGAGUGAACAAUUCUCAGAGCGGCGGAGCAAACGGUGGUAGUAAUGGUGGUGGUGGCUUGGCAACAAGCGGCGGGCAGCAGCAACACGGCCUGCCCGACCCUACUUCGCUGCCCAUCUACAAUCUGCCGCCCAAUUUGCUGCCCAACGGGCAGAUGCCCCACGACGUCUACGGCUGGGCUGCUCCACGUCCACCACCAUAUUGAUUUUUCCCUUUUCUUUUCUCUCUCUUUAGGUAUUUUUGUUAGUCCUUCAGGAGUGGUAGUCUUCUUCUUCAUUUCUCUAAGGGUGUGCGCGUGUGUUUUGCUUCUGUGAGUGAUAGUUUCAUUAAUCAAAUGUAUGUGUACACAGAUCAAACGAUGGUCCUUAUCUCGCGUUCUCUAAUUGUUCGUUUUCUUUCCCUGAAAUAGAUUUAACAAUUUGAAUUUUGUUAGCUCA